UUAAUAACGAUAUCAUUAGGAGUAAUCCACCAGACUCAUAAUGUUUUAGCUGGAAUUUUACAUCAAAUCCAGGUGCCAAUUCUGUUGCUAGCCCAGCAGGCAGCACAAAAGUUUGACAGCACAUCUAUUCUUCGCUUGGAUGAACAAACAGAUGGCCCGAGUCUCUUGUCUUAGCUCUACGCAACAAUGGGCGUUCCUAGUUACUUUCUCGCUGUUUCUUCAACUGAUUCCGGGAUUGGCAGAUGACUCAUCAUCUUCGAGCUCUACAGCUAAUAAGGGUUCAACUCAUUCAACCAGUAACUCUACUGGAGAAAUUGUUUUCGGUUCGUUUCUUGGGCUGUUGGCUCUUGUUGGGUUUGCUGUUGUUCUAUUCAAGAUAUGGCAGAAAAAGAGGAGACAGGAGCAACAAGCCCGUUUCUUAAAGCUCUUCGAAGAAGAUGAUGAUCUUGAAGUUGAACUUGGCAUCAGGGAUUGACAUUGAAUAUUUAUGGACUCGUCGACUUGGUCGGUUGUACUUUUAGCAAAGGUGUGCUACCACUCAAUUCUGUAAUUUUGUGUUAUUUUCAUAUUCUGCCUUUUGUUGGGUGAUAUUUUCUAAUAGCUUUGGAUGCUUGUUGAUAAAUGAAUGAUAGGCAUUCUUUACUACAUUUUAGUAUCUGCAUAUCAUAUUUGCACUUGUUGGUAAAUGAAUGAUGAGCUUUAUUUACUACUCCAUAUUGUAGUAACAUCAUAUCAUAUUUUUCAUGUCUGUCUUCAUGUGUAACUGUUGGU